AUGACUUUGAGGCUUUUAGCAUUGAGGAGAACUGUUGUCAAUAUAGUCCAUGUGUCAAAUGAUUUAACCGGAAAUGACUUGACGGGGGGUUCUUUGAACAUAGACGGGGUUCCUUGUUGGCCCGUAGUAUUUGUAUGGGCCUGGGCUUUACGUGGUUAA